AUGGCCGACUCGGACGGUGAAUACAAUGGCGACAACGCGUCGGACGACGAGUUCCAGGUGAACGGCGGCUCGGGCCCGGGCACGCGGUCACGCAACGACAAGAAGGGCAGCCGCAAGGCAGGGAAGGCUGCAUGGGAAGACAUACAGCGGUCAUGGGAUCAGAUAACGGAGGGCGUCGACGGCUCGCUGGCGGCGACGAUAGAAGGUCUCGCCGAGGCCGAGAAGCGCGCGCGGCUCCUGCGUGACACGACGCCGCUGCAGCGCGGCAUCAUCCGCCACCUCGUACUCGUCCUCGACAUGUCGCAGGCCAUGGCAGAGAAGGACAUGCUACCCACGCGGCAUACGCUGACCAUGGCGUAUGCGCGCGACUUUAUCCGCGAGUACUUUGAGCAGAACCCCAUAUCGCAGCUUGCCGUCAUUGGCAUGCGCGAUGGUAUUGCUGUGAGGAUAAGCGACAUGAGUGGCAACCCAGCCGAGCACCACGAGAAUCUGAAGGAAUGGACGAAGAAGGACCCCCAGGGCAGUCCAAGUUUACAAAAUGCCCUCGAGAUGUGCAGGGGUGCUCUAUUUCACACCCCCACACACGGCACACGCGAAGUACUCAUAAUAUACGGAGCGCUCAUGUCAAGCGACCCGGGAAACAUCCAUGAUACCCUAACAUCCCUGAUCAAAGACAGGAUACGAGUCUCCAUCAUCGGCCUGGCGGCACAGGUCGCCAUUUGCGCCGAGAUAUGCAGCAAGACAAACGGAGGCAGCCUGUCGAAUUACACAGUUGCUCUGCACGAGCAGCAUUUCAGGGACUUGCUACUGGCAGCGACGACACCUCCCGCUACACGCGUCGAGGAGCAGAACACGGCGAGCUUGCUCAUGAUGGGAUUCCCCUCGAGAACACUCGCUGCAGGAGACAGCAUACACUACUGUGCCUGCCACAGCCGGCCAACAAGGGAGGGCUACCUAUGCACGAGGUGCGGCGCGCGUGUCUGCCGCCUCCCAUCCGAAUGCCCAGCCUGUUCCCUGACUCUAAUUCUAUCUACGCACCUGGCACGGUCAUACCACCAUUUGUUCCCGCUGCGGAACUGGGUCGAAGUCUCCUGGACAGAAGCCAAAGCGAAACGCUCCCGUGCAUGCUACUCGUGCAUGGCACCGUUCCCAGAAAUACCAGCACACAUCACGAAGCCGAACAAACUAGACAAGGCUGCGGGCGGCGGCACCACGGCGGGCGCCGUGGCUGCGAGGGCAAUCGAAGGCCUGAGCGAGUCUGGCCGGUACGCGUGCGCGGUGUGUGGGAACCACUUCUGCAUCGACUGCGACCUGCUCGCCCACGAGGUCCUGCAUAACUGUCCAGGAUGCCAGAGUGAUACGCGGGGCUUGACGCGGGACCUGAACGUGGCGGGACUGGAGACGUCCGCAGAGGCGGCGGGAGAUCAUACGAACGGCGCGAUGGACAUUGAUACAUAG